AUGUUUAAGAGGAAGAAAAAACAACUAGACCGCGUGUUUUCUUCAUCUCAGCCCAAUUUGUCCCAGUCCUUUGAAGACAAGAAGACACACAGUCUGGAGUCAGGUCCCAGCACCAGCAGCGGCGGACAGUGCCAGCUCGAGCCCCUCGGUGCUGCUUCUGGAGCCACUGGAAGUAAACCCGAGCUGUCUCUACACGGGAGCCCCAAGCUGUCCGUGUCGCUCAUCAUGCACCAACAGAAGAGCUCAUCUCUGGGAUCGGCUUGUUUUGAGAGGCUGGUAGUAGAGCCAGCGGCUUUCGUGGCAGAGGAAGAAGAUCAGCAUACAAACACAAGUGAUUCUGGCAUUAACAUUGUGGAGUCCAGUAAUGCUGAGCCCCCUCCACGGCCCCCGAGUCCAGCCAUGUUCCAGCUGGAUAUCAUCCUAAAGAAAGGGAAUAACCUGGCUAUCCGAGACCGAACAGGACAAUGUUUUUCGAACGUGAUGGACAUGGAGGACUCAUUAGUGGUUGAAUGGGGUGCCAUGCUGACAGAAUGGCUCAUCCCUGCUGUAUUUUACCUGACUCACCGUCGCUCUAGAUAA